UUCAAGCCAAUAGGAGGAGCGGCUGACUGGCCGACCAAUCAGAGGACGGCGGGUUCUUUCAAACCACAGACAGAAAACAGUUGAGGGGAACAGGCGGCGUUGAUAAGAUUCACACUAACGCUUAGUUUUUGAUCAACUUUUAAUUGAACGAAGAGGAAUUAAUCGUCAGUUAUUUACUGGUGGAGCCGCUGACACGGAGCUAACGGCUAACAUGGCGGAUUUCGCUGAAGAGAGUCGAUAUGAACGUCUGACUGCGGAGCAGAUGGAUGAACAGAGGAUCCAGAAUGUGGCCUAUCAGUACCUGUGCAGGCUGGAGGAGGCCAAGAGGUGGAUGGAGGCGUGUCUGGGGGAAGAGCUUCCUGCUCCCACUGAACUGGAGGAGGCACUGAGAAAUGGAGUUGUACUUGCUAAGCUGGGUCAUCGAUUUGCUCCCAACGCUGUCCCCCUCAAGAAGAUCUAUGACCAAGAGCAGCAACGAUACCAGGUUGUGGGUCUUCAGUUUCGUCACACUGACAACAUCAACCACUGGAGGAAUGCUUUAACAGCAUUAGGGUUGCCAACAAUCUUCCAUCCAGAAACUACAGAUGUGUACGACAAGAAGAACAUGCCCCGAGCCGUUUACUGCAUCCACGCACUCAGCAUGUUCCUGUACAGACUCGGUUUGGCUCCACAGAUCCAUGACCUCUAUGGAAAAGUAAAGUUUACAGAGGAGGAGAUCAACAACAUGAAGUUGGAGCUGGAUAAAUAUGGCAUCCAGAUGCCGGCAUUUAACAAGAUUGGAGGAAUCCUGGCCAAUGAGCUGUCCAUGGACGAGGCUGCAGUCCAUGCUGCAGUGAUUGCCAUCAAUGAGUCUGUGGACAGAGGGGACGUCACCAUGACUGCGCAGGCACUGAGGAACCCAAACGCUAUGCUGAGAGACCUGCAGGAGGAACUGGUCAGCGUCUAUCAGGAGAUGCUGCAACAGGCCAGACGGAGGAAAGCUGAGCAAGCCGCUGGAAAGUGCCGCAGCGGUGAGGAAGAGAAGGAUAUUUAUGAAGAGUACCUCACACAGAGAGAGAUCCAGCACAACGUCAACAUUGUUAACAUUCAGUCAGCUCUGGAGCAGGUGGAUGAGGCUCUGGACUCAGCUGAUGAACUUGCUCUACUUGCUGCUCUGCAUUUGCCGUGUUUGGCCCUAACGAAACUUCGUACUGACAAUGGUCUCUGGUACCUGGAGCAGCUGGCUGCAGACCGCCAGCAGAAAGCUGUGGAUGAGGGCUGUGUCGAUCCUCUAGAGCCUGACGAGCUGCAGGAAGGUGUGACUGCUGCCAAUCAGGAGGCUCAGAGAGCUCGAAACAUGCAUGCAGCGUUGCAGAGUGUUAAUGUGUCGUUACGCGGCUCCGACCCCCGACACACCGUCAGCUGUCUGAUGACCUCUGACCUGCAGUUGCCAGUAGUGUUUCCUUUUGCUGCCACUCUGUAUCAUACAGAGCUGCAGCUGCUACAAAGACGAGCUACACAGGGAGAGCUGCAGCAGGAGGAACUUUUUGUUGCUGUGGAGAUGCUGUCAGCUGUUGCUCUUGUCAAUCAGGCCUUAGAGGAAAGGAAUCCCCAGCAGUUUAGCUCCUCGUUGCUCAGUUCAUCUGCAGGAUUGUGUGAUGCCGAUUACACUCUUCUGAACAGGUACUUUGAGCAUCUGCUUGCUGUGAAGCACAAGGCAGGAAAAGAUCUACUGACCUGGAAUCAGCUGCAGGAAGGGAUCAACUGUGUUAACAACUCUGUGCAGGAUGAGCAUGAACAGCUCCGAGCUGUGAGUCUGGUGAACAAAGCUGUGAUCAGAGAAGACUCACAGCAGCUGCUAUCUGUUCUGCUGCUGCCCUCCUGUGGAGUGGAUGAGGUUUUACCUGCAAACGCCUGCAGAUACCUCAGCCUGUUGAGCAGGGCCAGGCAGCACAAAGCUCAGGUGAGCAGAGACCCAGGAGCUGAGCUGUGGUUGGCUGAUAUCCAAGAAGGAGUAAGGAACACCAAUCAGCAGAGUCAGGACGCACUGAAGCUGUGUCUGUCGGUGGCUGCAGUGAACCAGGCUGUGAAGGAGAACAAAGUGAGUCAGACCCUGCGGGUUCUGUCUCUGCCUGAGCUGCAGCUGCAGGGGCUCAUUUCCAAAUGUGCUGCAGAUUAUCAGAGGGAGCUUGGUGCUCUGAUCACACACAGGAUCCGAACAGGAGACAACAGGAGUUCUUGGGUUCGAGUCCGGCUGCAGGACGGAUCAUCUUAUUACUUCCACCUCAGCAGACUGGAGGGAAUGUGGGAGAAACCAAACGGCUUCAUCCACAACAGCAUAUUCAUUGACAGACAGGAAAUCCAGGAAGUCAUCAGCAGCGUUUCAGCUUCUUACAGCCGCAGUGUUCUGUGGAGCAACAGCGAAGCGCUCGUCGUUCGUCUGCAGGCUCUGUGUCGAGGUUUUCUGAUCAGACAGCAGCUGGAAGCUCGUCUGCGUUACCUGCGCAGUCAGACCCCCUCUGUCAUUGUCAUCCAGUCUCAGUGGAGGAGGCUCGUCCAGCAGAGGGCCUACAGGCAGCGGCUGCAGUUCCUCUACAUGAACUGGAGAGCAGUGGUGAAGAUCCAGUCUUUUGUCAAGAUGUGGUUGACAAGGAGAAAAUAUCGAGCUCGACUCAGAUUCUUCAGAUGCAACGUGGACGCCAUCAUAAAGAUCCAGGCUUUCUUCAGGGCCAGCAGAGCACGAGACCAGUACAGAAUGUUGGUUCAUUCCAACACACCCCCCCUGUCUGUGGUCAGAAAGUUUGCUCACCUGCUCGAUCUGGGCGACACUGACAUCAGAGAGGAGGCGCAGCUACUGUGUCUGAGAGAGGAAGUGGUGAGGAGCAUCCGCUACAACCGUCAGCUAGAGACAGACCUGGACCUGAUGGACCUGAAGAUCGGUCUGCUGGUUCGCAACAGAGCCACGCUGCAGGAAGUGGUGUCUCACUGUAAGAAACUGACGAAGAAGAAUAAGGAACAGCUGUCAGACAUGAUGGAUCUGGAAAGAUGUAAAGGACUGAAAGCACUGAGUCGAGAUCGGAGGGAGAGACUAGAGGCCUAUCAGCACCUGUUUUACCUGCUGCAGACGCAGCCUCUGUAUCUGGCUCAGCUCAUCUUUCUGAUGCCUCAGAGUCGCUCCACCUCCUUCAUGGAGAUGUUGGUUUUCACUUUGUUUAACUACGGCUCUGACCACCGCGAGGCCUUCCUGCUGCUGCAUCUUUUCACUGAGGCACUGCGAUUUGAGAUUAGACUGAAGGUGGAUCAGCCUCAGGAUGUGGUCACCGGUAACCCCACUGUCAUCAAGAUGCUGGUCAACUUCUACCGUCACGCUCACGGUCACAACGCCUUGCGGGAGUCUUUGGGCUCAGCUCUGCAGGAUGUUCUAUUGGACCGAACCCUCAGCAUUAGGACUGACCCAGUGGAUGUUUACAAGACCUGGAUUAACCAAACUGAGACCCAAACUGGAAACAAGAGCUCUCUGCCUUACGAGGUGUCUCCUGUAGAGGCUCUGUCUCACCCUGAAGUCCAGAGACGCGUGGACAUUGCCAUCAUCAACCUGAAGAACCUGACGGACCGCGUCCUGAAGGCCAUCACGUCCAACCUCCACAAACUACCUUAUGGUUUACGUUACACAGCGAAAGUCCUCAGAGAUUCACUGAGGACAAAGUUUCCUGAGGCCAGUGAGGAUGAGCUCUACAAGAUCGUUGGGAACCUGGUCUACUAUCGUUACAUGAACCCAGCCAUCGUAGCUCCUGACGGGUUUGAUGUAGUGGACCGGUCCGUGGGUUCCAGUCUGCAGCCGGAGCAGCGCCACAUUCUGGGCUCCAUUGCCCGAAUGCUACAGCACGGUGCCUCUAACAAACACUUCCAUGGAGACGGUUACCACGUCAGAGCUCUGAACCAGUACAUCAGCCACACCCACAGCAAGUUCAGGAAAUUCCUGCUGAGUGUCUGUGAUGUUCCCGAACCAGAAGACAGAUUCAGUAUGGAUGAGUACUCUGAGCUGCUCAUUGUCAACAAGCCUGUCAUCUACAUCUCCGUCAGUGAGCUGCUCAACACUCACAAGUUGUUGCUGGAACAUCAGGAGACUUUGUGUCCAGACCCAUCAGACCCGCUGAGACUGUUGCUGAGUGACUUAGGAUCUCUCCCCACGCUGCAGGAACUCGUUGGAGAAUCCUCAUCAGCACCUGAUCCAGAAUUAGAGUUCAGUAAGAUGGAGGUUUCUUUGACUCUCACCAACAAGUUUGACAUUUUUAACGACGACAAACCGGAUGCUCGAGGGCUUCUGCUCAGCACGAAGCAGCUGAUCAUUGACGUCAUUAGGAUUCAACCAGGUGAAUCUCUGAGUGACAUCCUUAGAACAUCCACCUCACCUGAUCAGGAAGCGUGUCACAAUUGGCUGCUUCAGAGUCGAGCUCGGCAGGAUGCUCGAACGCCAGAAAAGAUGAAGAGGAACCAGUCACUUGUUGCAAAUGGCAACCUGGGUGUGGAGGAAAAGAAAAGGAAGAUCCUGAGGAGCCUUCGUCGUCUGGAGCUUCUUGGAGUGUUAAGACCACCUGAGAUUGAAAACCAGAUCUUGCAGAUGAUUGCCAAGGACAUCCGUCAGCAGCGUCUGCGCCGGCAGCGGCGAGGAGCUGAACUCUCGAAGCUUCGACAGACUCUAAGCAGCCUCCACGAGAAGAGCAGCUUCCACAGUGAACAAGUCGAUUACUACAGACACUACAUCACUUCCUGCCUGGACAACCUGACUGCUGGCAGCAACUCGACCAAUAAAAAGACAGAGACUAAAGUGAAGAAGAAGAUUGCUGCGCUGAGUUACAGCGCCGCCCGUCUGCACGAGAAAGGAGUCCUGUUGGAGAUCAAGGACCUGCCGAGCUCCCAGUUUAAGAACGUCAUGUUUGACAUUGUUCCCGGUUCUGAAAGAGGAAGUUUCAGUAUUAAAGCUCGUUUCCUCGGCGUUGAAAUGGAGGAGUUCCUUUUAAAAUACCAGGACCUGCUGCAGCUGCAGUAUGAGGGUGUAGCUGUGAUGAAGAUGUUUGAUAAAGCGAAGGUCAAUGUCAACCUCCUCAUCUUUCUCCUCAACAAGAAGUUCUUCAAGAAAUGAUCCAGGGCGUCUGUUUGCCUUCACUCCUUAAGGUUUUGUCAACGUGUCACUUGUAUUAUUUAAUAGUAAUCAUGAUGUUAUUUCAGUACUUUUACAUAUUAACAAAUACAUAAAUGUAUCUGUUCACUGUAAAGCUACUAUCAUAUAAACAACUCGCUGAUAAAAUAACUGUAAAUAUUUUCUGUCAGUUUCUUUCAGCUUUUUCUUUGCUGUAUGUUUUUCAUUUAUAAACAUUUUCUGCUCAACGGUUCGAUGAGUUAAUUGAUUAAGUGGCAUUAGGUUGAGGAAGCACUGGUUGCUGCAACUGCAAGUGAUUGUUAAAAUUCAGAGAAAUUUCUCAAAUAAUUAGCUUUUGUCCCAUAACUCGAUUGAAUUUUUUAACCUUAAUUAAAAGUUUCUGUUUUUAAAUCCAAUGACUGUUCUGUUUAGAUGUGAUAGAAUUAUCUUAGAUUUGUUCACAACCUGUAAUGUAGAAAACAUUUGA